ACUUUGCGGCAAGUUUGGCAACAGCAAAACAAUGUCAGACAGCGACGGAGACAUGGAGCAAGAAAAUCUUAAAAAUGCGGGGCAAACCGACGACGAGGACGAAAUGGAGCAGGAUCCAGAUGACUCGGAUUCUAGUGGUGAUGAGGAGGAAGCGAAACAAGAAAGAAUGGUUGCCGAGUUACAGAAAAAUAUUUCUAAGAACCCCUACAGCUAUGAUCUUCACAUUCAAGUAAUAGACUUGCUCCACAAGAUGGGUGAGCUCGACAAACUCCGAGCAGCUCGCGAGCAAAUGAGCAAAUAUUUUCCGUUGACAGAGGAGAUCUGGCUCUCAUGGCUAAGGGAUGAAAUCAAAUUUAUGGCCAGCGAAGCUGACAGGGAGAAGGUGACCGAUCUCUUUGAGAGGGCUGUCAAGGAUUAUCUGUCUGUGGAGAUAUGGCUUGAGUGGGUGCAGUUUAACAUAGGAGUAAUGGGAAGUGAAGGAGGUAUAGAGCGGAUUCGAGCGCUCUUCGAACGAUCCAUCACAGCAGUCGGAUUGCAUGUUGCAAAGGGUGCUGUCGUUUGGGACGCAUUCAGGGAGUUUGAGAACGUCAUACUGACCACCUUUGAACCACAACCAGGCAGUGUACCUUCCACUGAACAAAUUGAGCGCCAGCGGGCCCAGAGAGAGCGAAUUCAGAAUCUUUUUAAGAGACAACUGUCAGUGCCCUUGCUUGACAUGGAGGCUACCAGAGAGGAGUUGAGAGACUGGGCCAUAGCUGAUGAAGAGGCCACAGCACUUUAUGGCUAUGAAAGGGCAUUAAGCAAGCUAAAGGAAAUUCAUCCCUUUGAAGAAAAUCUGUUGAAGAAAGUUGGCGAAGAUUUGUUAGCGGAAUAUAGAGAAUACAUCAAGUUUGAAAAGAAAGACCCAGCAAGAGUGCAAAUACUGUAUGAAAGGGCAGUCACCCAGUUUGCCCUGAAUUCUGAUUUGUGGUUGGAAUAUAUUAAGUAUGUGGAGGCAACACUUCAGAUCAAAGAAAUCAGUCUCCCAUUGAUUGAAAGAGCACUGAGAAAUGUGCCUUGGGAUGGCCGCUUGUGGGUUGCUGCCAUCAGGUCAGGGGAACGACACGGCACGGAACAUAUCGAGAUGAAAACAAUGCUGGAGAAUGCUCUGGUCAGCGGCUUAAGCUCAGCUUCAGACUACAGGUCUGUCUGGGAGGCCUACCUGGAUUAUUUGCGAAGAAGGGUUCCAUGGGAUGACCGAGAGCAGAAGGAAACAAUAAAGACUAGGGUCGAGGAAAUGCGAGAUUGCAGCAGUCGCGCUUGUGAACAUCUGGCAGAGAUGUUUGGUUUAGAGGGAGAUCCUCAGUGCACCAUUCUGAGGGCGUGGGCCCGUUGUGAGGCUGCGAGGUGUGGAAACCUUGAGAAAUCCAGGAGCAUUUGGUCAGACAUCAUGACCUUUGAACAAAUGAACCACUCCGCUGCUGUUUGGCUUGAGUACAUCCACAUUGAGAGGGCGUGUGGAGAUGAAAAACACUUGAGGAAACUAUUUGGUAGAGCACUGAAUUCCGCACGAGAUUGGCCAGAAGGAAUAGGCGAAGCUUGGCUUAGCUAUGAAAGGGAGCAGGGAUGUCUUGAGUCGUUUGAAUUUUGUUCUGAGAAGAUAGAUGAAAGGAUGGAAAGACUUAAAGUUCAAAGGGAAAAAGAGCAGGAAAAACUUCAGACACAUGCAGUGAAGGACAACAAGAUGAAAAGAAAAAGAGAAAGAGAUCAGCCAGCAAAAGUUAAGCCUGAAUUCAAGAAGCCAGAACCUAAAACAGCAGAGCCGGAAUUCAGGAAGCCAUCCCCAGUCAAGGAUAAGGUUCCUAAGCCAGGAAAGGCUAAGGUGGCUCCUCCUCCUGGAUACAAACCUGAUGGCAGAGAUAGUCCUGAGGGCAAAAAAGCCAAGACUUUUGACGUGGACACCAUCAUGGACAAACACAUUGAGCAUGAUUCUAGCAAAGAUGACCGUACGGUCUUCGUCAGCAAUCUUAGCUUUGAUGUAAGUGAAGAUGACAUUAGAGAUCUCUUUGGAGAGAGUGUCACAGAAGUUCGGCUGGUCCGGGAUUUCAAGGGCCGCUCAAGAGGCUUUGGAUAUGUGGAGUUGAAGUCCAUUGAUGACGCAAAUGAAUCGUUGAAAAAGGACAGAACUCCGGUUGCAAAUAGACCCAUGUUUGUCUCCAAGUGCGACCCUGACAAGAAUACAAGAACCAAACAAUUCCACUACAGCCAGGGAAUGGAGAAAAACAAGCUGUUUGUCAAAGGCCUGCCCUUUUCCUACACCAAGGAACAGCUGGAAAAGAUGUUUGGAGAAUAUGGAGUUCUCAAAGAUGUUAGACUUGUUACCUACAGGAAUGGUCAUUCAAAGGGUCUGGCCUACGUAGAUUUUGAAGAUGAAGCAAGCGCAGCCCAUGCUCUUGUGAAGACUGACGGUCUAGUUUUGGAAGACAAAACUAUCAGCGUUGCCAUCAGCAGGCCUCCUGAGAGGAAGCAGACAUCUCUGAUGGCGGACGUGCCAAGCUUGGGUGGUCGGCCAAGAGACGCACCUCGACCUGCUGGCGGAGGAGGCUUGAUGAUGCCCAGAGCGCUGCGCCUGACUUUGCCAACUACUCCAAGCAGCAGUGCAUCGCCAGCGCCGACAAAUGGGGCUGCGUCCACAGAGAAAAAGACUAAUGAUCACUUCCGCUCCAUGUUAAACAAGGAUAAGUGAUCAGGCGUCAAAAAGUUGUCUAUUAUUUAGGUGUUCGGAGUGAAACACCUUUGGUUCUCACAAAAAAAAGUUUUAUUCCAAAAGUGAAGCAUUUUUGGACCUUCUGUGUCUAUUUAUGAAUAUGCACAUCAAUAAUACUACUGAGUAAGAAAA